AGCUACACCCAGUGCAACUACGCAUGCACGGAGGCCAAGUGCACACGUUUCAGGGCUGUCACUCAACGGAAACAUCGAAUGGAUCGACCCCACCUCAAUUACUGCGUCCGGUUCGUCGGCAGGUGGUCCAAGCACUCGUACAACCAGAGCUAGAUCAGAAAGACUCGGCGAGCAAGACUGCAUCGAGACAGCCGACACUGACACUUUGCACGGCCAGCCCCGGGCCAAGCGAACACGAAUCGAUAUGAGCAGCACUGAUCGAGCAGAAGCGCAAUUCAGACCAAGCUCGAUGUCGAGAGAUUCAGCGACUGACACUUCCUUGGGCGAGGGAUCAAGUGUGGGGCCAGCAGACGCGGAUGCGAACAUGAGCAUGUCUGUCACUUUCGAGCUGCCGCCAGGCGCGACUUCCGGUAUGGAUUCCACGUCGUCAUCAACAUCAUCUGCAGUUGGCGCAACGGCAUCGGGCUCAGUGCUUACGUUGGACACGUCUGCGGAAAGUCCAACGCUGUUGCCCAUCACAGACGCCGGCAAUCCGCUUAUCUCGCCCGUCGUCGGCACCGCGUCUUCCGCUUCUUCGCAUGACUAUGCGUCGGCCGGAGAAGGCCUCUCCGAGAGCGUACACAAUGGUGCAGCGUACGGGCGCAGCGGGGCUCUUGGGGUGCUAGGUAAUGGCAGUAGCGCUUCUGGUCACAGCGGGCUUUCGCAAAGCGGAGCUGCUGCUGUUGGAAGUUCAGGAUCUUUACGUGGAGGAGGAGGUAGCAGUGGCGGUGGAGCGAAGCCGCGCGCCGAGGGCAGCCGCCGAGGUUCCGUUUCCAACGGUGGCAGCACAAAGACGACGGAACACCCCAAUGGGUCCAUGUCUCGGCUCGCGAACGGCGGAAAUUUGGGUCCCAGUGCGGCAUCGAUCGCUCUCGGUCUGCCUACCGACGACGGACACUUCAGGCCGCUCCAUGAGGGAAGCACAGUCGAUGCGAGAGAGUUUGUCAGGCUCACGCUGCAGAGCCUUCGAGACCUAGGAUUAGAAUCAGCGGCAAAAGCGCUUGAGCAGGAAUCCGGCGUGACUCUCGAACACCCUUCCAUCAAUGCCUUCCGCGGCGCCGUCCUCACCGGAGACUGGCGCAAUGCCGAGCGACUUCUCCUUGACGGGCUGAUGUACAGCGCGUCGCGACGGCCACAUUCAUCUGUGACAGUCGCGGUCACAGCCGCACAAGCAGACGGUGGAAAGAACGGUGCGCCUUCCGCGAGCAGUAGUGGCGUGAUGAAUGGUGUUGGGCACUCAGCAGCGCCUGCACAUGCACCAGCUGUGCAAAUCGAGAGCGUCUUGCGAUCUCCAGAGACUAGGAAUUGGGAAUACAUCAAGUUUCUCAUCCAGCAGCAACGAUAUCUGGAACUUUUGGAAGCCAAGCAGACUGCCAAGGCGCUUUCGCUGCUGCGACGGCGUCUGGCGCCCCUCAACUAUGGUUCAGAGCGGCUGCAGCAGCUUUCGAGCUUAGUAAUCUGUGCUAGCUCAGAAGAGCUGCGUGAAAAGGCACAUUGGGAAGGGACAGGCGAGGCGUCCAGACGAAGACUCUUGCGGGAGAUUGAAGGUGCGUUCGCAAUCAACGGUGACUUUGCGUUCCCCUCAACCACAUUCUCGCUGAAAUGUGCUCUUAUGAUAACAGAGGCCAUCUCACCUCUGGUCAUGCUGCCUUCGAGACGCCUUUCAACGCUCCUACAGCAAGCACAGACACUGCAGAAGCACCAGGACCCUUUCUAUAACAAUCCCUCCAAUACCCAUCUCUCACUCUAUGUUGACCACCGCUCCAACCGCUCUCAUUUCCCUUCGCGCUCGGCACGUGUCUUAGAAGGCCAUACGGACGAGGUCUGGGACAUUGCGUUCUCUAACGAUGGGUUGCGACUGGCAUCUGGCAGCAGAGACCGAUUCGUCAUCAUCUGGAGGGCCGGAGAGACGUUCGAGAUUGAGCGCAAGCUUGGUCCGCACCAGGAUGCGGUCCACUGCGUUGCCUGGUCACCCGACGGGGAGCUUCUCGUUGUCACUUCUGAUCCGGACGUGACACUCUGGGACGUAGCGACGGGCAAGAGCAAGCGCCUCACAGAGCACAUGUACCGCGUCGGCGCCGCUUGCUGGGUCCCAGACGGCUCGGGGUUUAUCACAGGAGGCGAAGAUGCCAAGGUGGUGUUCUGGAAUCGGGAUGGCAGCGUCAAGAGAGUCUGGCAGACAGCGCCAUUCAGGUUGAUCGCCCUUGACAUUUCUGCUGACGGAAAGCAUCUUGUUGCCGUUGCAUUCCGGCAUUCUGCACCGCCUCAGCAUGCACAAGGCAGCGUUGCGAGCAACAGCAAUACCUAUCACACUUAUCAUGCUACUAGCACGUCGGGAGCGCCUAUGGUCGACAUGUCAGAUGUUCGCUCGAGCUUGCGCUCGUCGACUUCCCCGCGCAGCUGGAGCGGCACUCCAUCAUCCAUUUCCAGCAAUGAGGCAGACCACAACCUCGCCACUGAUCUCGGAGGGGGCUCGCGAAGCAUGGGUGACGAGCGGUACAAGAUCGUUUUCUUUGACUUGCAUCGGCACGUCGAGACUGGCUCGAUCUACAUGGCAGAGGAGAUGAGCUCGGUUAAGAUCAGCGAAGACUCGCGAUACGCAUUGAUCAACCAGCGACCAAACGAGGCCAGGCUGUGGGACAUUGAACAUCAAAGCAUGGUGUCCCGCUAUUUUGGCCAUCAAAUGACGAAGCACAUCAUUCGUAGUUGCUUUGGCGGCGUGGACAAAAGCUUUAUCAUUAGUGGUAGCGAAGAUGCCACAAUCUACAUGUACCACCGCGCGUCUGGCCGACUGUUAGAGAAGCUCGAAGGUCAUGGACCGGGCUGUAUCAACUCAGUUGCUUGGCAUCCAACGAACGCAGCGAUCCUGGCAUCGUGCAGCGAUGAUCGGACAGUGCGGAUAUGGGGACCCGGGACAUCCCAAUCCGGUUACGCACGCAUCCAUUCCACCUCCAUCUCCACUCGGCCCAAAGUAAGGGAGGAGCGGCAGGAUGGUAGCGAGGAUUCGUCGAAUGGUCCGACGCCGUUUCCGUGGGCUAUGUCACCGGCCCCACAAGCUCCUGGCUCACCAUUCUUCCCGACUGUUCAGCCGUCAUCUGACAAUGAAGAUGACGAGGCGAUGGAGGAGGCCAUCUGAGAACAUGUCACAAGUUUUAAUUACAUGCCCCCAUACUCCCUCGCACACGCAUUCAAUAUCGCCUGAUGUUACAUACAUUUUCUUGU